UAUGACGUACCGGUUUUCACCGGAAGUUAAAAAGUACACAAUAAAGAUGGCGGCGUCCAGCGAGACAACGUUGAAAAAACCACACGUGGGGAAAAAGAGAAAGCCUCCAAAGAGAUACUGGGAGGGCACAGAGGAAGACGGGAAGAAUGAUGGAAAGAAACAGAAAGAAGGGGACAACAACAAACAGACUCCGCAACAGAAGAAGACCAGGACAAAGGAAGGAGGAAAGAGGGGUGGAAUAGGAGAAAAGAAGGUCAUAUCAGGGAAAUCAGAUCCAUUCCCAGGCUCAGCACCUGUCCCUGAAGAGAAGUUGAGAAAGUUCAAGAGAGGAGACAAGGGAGAACUGCCCCCUCGGCCACAGUACAAGCUCAGAGCUGUGGUCGUUCGUUCAGAGGCUGCCUCAGACCUGGCCCAGAAGCAGAAUGCACGAUAUGACCUUAUGCUCCCAGAGGAUGCUGGGUUCCUGGAGGGAGACGAGGAUGAGGACACAUGCACCAUCUCACAGGAUGACAUCGCUGAUGCUGUGGAUAUUACCGCCGGGGCAAAGUACUUUAACCUGACCCUGUCUCAGUUUGGGCCUUACCGACUGGAUUACAGCAAGACUGGGCGCCACCUACUGCUUGGUGGCAGGAGAGGUCAUGUGACCAGCCUGGACUGGCAGUCCAAACAGCUGAUGUGUGAGAUGAAUGUGAUGGAGACAGUCAACGACGUAAAGUGGCUCCACAGUGAGGCCUUGUUUGCAGUGGCUCAGAAGAAGUGGCUGUAUAUCUAUGACAACAAGGGCAUCGAGCUCCACUGCAUCCGCAAGUUCAACGAUGUUCUCCGCAUGCAGUUUCUCCCCUACCACUUCCUGCUGGCUACAGCGAGUGCGACAGGCUUCCUGCAGUACCUGGACGUGUCGGUGGGUAAGGAGGUGGCGGCCAUCUGCACCAAGGCUGGCCGGCUGGACGUGAUGGCCCAUAACCCCCACAACGCCAUCAUCCACCUAGGCCACUCCAACGGUACUGUCACCCUCUGGACGCCAAACCAGAGAGAGCCGCUCGUCAAGAUGCUCUGCCACCAGGGAGGCGUGCGUUCGGUCGCCGUUGACAAGACUGGCACGUACAUGGUGACCUCGGGCAUGGACAAGAAGCUGAAGGUGUAUGACAUUAGAUCAUACCGGCCCCUGCAGUCCUACUUCCUACCUGCGGGAGCUUCCUGUCUGUCUCUAAGUCAGAGGGGCCUGCUGUCCGCCGCCACGGGAGACAUAGUCCAGGUGUACAGAGAUGUGUGGGGCACCCCAGUGACCAAGCCCUACAUGGCCCACAGGGCAAAGGGCUCAGUGUGGGGGGUGCACUUCUGCCCCUUUGAGGACGUCCUAGGGGUAGGCCAUGGAGAGGGCUUCACUAGCAUGGUCGUACCAGGUGCUGGCGAGCCCAACUUUGACGGUCUGGAUGCCAACCCGUACCGCAGUGCCAAGCAGAGGCAGGAGUGGGAGGUCAAAGCCCUGCUAGAGAAGAUCCAGCCAGAGCUGAUUGGCCUGGACCCCAGCCAGCUCAGCCAGGUGGACCACUCCACCUGGGAACAGAGACAUGAGGACAGGGUCCAAGCACUGGGCUUCGACCCGCUGGCCAAGGAGAAGUUCACGCCAAGGUUAAAGACCAAAGGUCGGAGUUCAAGUGGAAAAGUGGAAAAGCGCAAGAAGCAAGUGGCACACGAGGACCAGAGGGAUGUGAUCAGGCAAACAGUGGAAGACAGGAUGAAGAUAGAUAAAGAGAGGAAGGAGAAAAAGAAGAAAGAGGCGGCAGCAGCUGGUCAGAAGUCUGCUCUGGACAGAUUCAGGAAGUAGGACAGAGGGACCAGUGUGUGUGUAGACGCCCCUGCGGCCCUCUGUGGGAAUCAACGUUGACCUUUCAGAUAAAGGGCACAUUCUGAGUAUGGGACACGUUCCUCCGAAGCCCAGCCAGCAGGCUCCAACAGCCACUGCAGACACACAGAACAUGCAUACCAAACUGUAUGAGAUGACUUGGAACUGCAUCAUAAUCGGUGCCCUGAGCUCAUUCUGUGUGACAUUUAUAAACUGUCAGUGUAUUUCAAAUCAAAUUUUAUUGGUCACACACAUAUUUAGCAUAUGUUAUUGCGGGUGUAGAGAAAUGCUGUCAGUGUGUUUAUGUCUAUUCUAAGUCAGUUGGAAAGUAUAUCACUAAAAUGACAGAUUUUUCAAGAAGUAUUUUGACCUUCAUUCUCUAUUGUGACCAUUAUGAUGGGUGUUUUCAGCACAGUUUAAUACUGUUACUUGUCAAAUGUUUUAUAUAAAAAAACGCAUGUCAUUUGUGAAAUAAAAAAACAUUUGUUCACAAAACAAGUAUUUGUGGUGUACUGAUCAAACUUUUUCCAUCAGUGGCAAAGGAUUCUAUCUCUACAAUAAUGUUUUGUUUAACUUGAAUGUAAUGCUACAGACGUGGAAGUCAAAAGUAGGAUGAAAUGUCCUCUAUCCCUGUUGCUCUCUUUCGGUCUGCUGGAAAGCAAAAACCAACAUCAGUUCUAUCUACACAAACAUUACUACAACUUUGACUACUACCAGCAUGUCAUAUCAGUGCGGCAUACUAGCACACCUUUACCAAUAUGCUUUUUUUUUAGAAACGACUUGACAAAAAGCAUACUUAUCAAUAAUACGGUAUUUCGAUUCUUCCACAAUCUUUGACAACAUUGGAAUAAAAUGUGAACAUGAGCAUUCUUA